AUGUUGUUACCACUGCUGUCCAUGCUGUGGGCUGGAUCCCUGCAGGAGGAUCUAGGGUUCGAGCUCCGAGUGCAGGAAUCGGUGACGGUGCAGGAGGGUCUGUGUGUCCACGUGCCCUGCUCCUUCUCCUACCCCUGGGUGGGCGGGAGCAACUCUACACCCGCUUACGGCUCCUGGUACCGGAUAAAGAAUCCCAAAGUGGAAGUUCUCAUGGCCACGAACAACCCAGCCAGAGAAGCAAAGAGGAAAAACAAAUUUCCAUUCCACCUUCCCGGAGACCCUGGGGCUGGCAACUGCUCUCUGAGCAUCACGGACGCCCAGAGGGGACACGGUGGAAACUAUUAUUUUCACCUGGACAGAGGUCCCAUGAGACACGCUUACAAGAGUAACAGGCUCACUGUGCAUGUGAGAGCACUGACACAGACCCCGGAUAUCCGGGUCAAGGAGCCCCUGGAGUCUGGCUGCCCCAGCCACCUGACAUGCUCUGUGCCAGGGGCCUGUGAUGGGGCGAUGCCCCUCACCAUCUCCUGGACAGGGGCUGCCCUCAGAGCCCCGGGAUUGGACUUGGAGGCCUCCAACUCCUCGGAGAUCCUGCUCACACCCCGCCCUCAGGACCACGGAACCAACCUCACCUGUCGGGUGACCUUCCCCAGGGUUGGCAUGAGCACCCAAAGCACCAUUACGCUCAACGUCUCCUAUGCCCCACAGAACCUGAGCAUUGGCAUCUCUCGAGGAAAUUGCACAGAACUGAAAUACCCGGGGAAUGGCUGGUCUCUUCCAGUCCUUGAAGGGGAGUCUCUGCUCCUGGUCUGUGCUGCUGACAGCAAUCCUCCCGCCACACUGAGCUGGGCCCAGGGGAGCCGGACUCUGGGCCCCUCCCAGCCCUGGGAGCCAGGGGUCCUGGAGCUGCCCCGAGUGGAGCUGGGCCACGGAAGCAAAUUCACCUGCCAAGCUCAGAACCCGCUGGGCUCCCAGCACGUCUCCCUGCAUCUCUCUGUGGUCUGUGCCCCGCGGCUGCUCAGCCCCUCCUGCUCCUGGGAGGGCGAGGGGCUGCACUGCAGCUGUUCCUCCCGAGCCCAGCCGGCCCCCACCCUGCGCUGGCGGCUGGGGGAGGGGCUGCUGGAGGGGAACCACAGCAACGCCUCCUGGACCAUCACCUCCAGCUCUGCGGGGCCCUGGGCCAACAGCUCCCUGAGCCUCAGCGGGCCGCUGGGCUCCGGCCUCAGACUCAGCUGCGAGGCCCGGAACGCCCACGGGUCCCAGAGCGCCGCCCUCCUGCUGCUGCCAGGGAAGCCUGAGCUUGGAUUCGUUCUGGGGACUGUCGGGGGCGCUGGUGUCACUGGCCUGCUCAGUCUCUGUCCCUGCCUCAUCUUUUUCAUGGUGAAGAUCUGCAGGAAGCAGGCACCGGAGCCUGCAGCUGGUGGGAAGGAUGCCGCCUGCACGGUGGGUCCCCUCUCCCAGGGUUACCAGCCUGAGUAUCCGUCAGGUAUCCCCCUAGCCUGCCUGCCCCCAGCCGUGGCCGCUCCCACCGUGGAGGAGGACCAGGAGCUCCAUUACGCCUCCCUCACCUUCCAUGGGUUGAGGCCCUGGAUGCCUCAGGACCCUGAGGGCCUCAGCACCACCAAGUAUUCAGAGAUCAAGAUCUGCAAGUGA